AUGGCACCAAACUCUUUCAUAACACCUGGGGGUAUACAACAAAGGCCCGAAGUAAAUGUAAAUGAGUCACCGCAAACGGGCACUUUAUCAUCAAAUUAUUUCACACAGAGUUGGUCAGAAUGGACAUCGCUAGUAUCUCAGCAAAAACCACAAAUACCUAAGCCACCGACUGAUUCUCUAAAACUUCAACAGUAUAUCAUCAAUAGCAAUGGCUGGUGGCCAGUAUUUGGUGGUGAACCAAAGCUAAAAAGAAAAUGUGACUUUUCAACUUCGGCUUUUGUUGUUUCGCCAAUGUCUAGACAAACUCCUGUUAGUUUGGUCCCUUCUGAAUUCUCAAAACGACGAAAAAUACAUAAUUGCCCUCAUUUCUCGUCUCAAUUUUCAUGUAAAAAUUAUCUUGCAGUUGAAUGGGAUCCUGAAGAAAACGAGUUUCGUACCGCUGAACCACCCAGGACUACGACUUCUGCGUUGCCACAAGAGAACUUUGCUGCAGUCACCAGUAGAAUAUUGUUGGUUCGAAGAUUGAAAGCAAAACAAGGAAAUAUGUUAAAGGGCGAUGCUGCUUCAAGAUUUCGUAAAAAUAUCUUGGUGAGAGUGGCUCAAGGUGGUGUUACUUAUGGUGAUAUAAACACAGUGAUUGAAAGUCCAGCAAAUGAUGCUGAUGUUAUAAUCAAACGACCUUGGAGAGAUGGCACAACAGAGCCGGGGGAAGGUACUUUUGAAGAAUUAAAAAGCUUACGGCAUAGACGUGCUAGUGAAUUAAAUUUGCGAAGAAACUGCCAAAUCUUUCCAAAUGCGACAUCGGCUCACGAGCUUUUAGAACAAGCUCGUGAAUAUUUUCGUGUUCACAAAGGAAAGAAUCGGAUUAUAUUCAUCCCGCCUCAUAUAAGGGGUCUCUUUCCAACUUUGGUUGGUGGAUUAUCUUCGCCACCACUCCCCUCAGCGAACAGAAGAGGAGCCUCUCCGGUAAUUGGAAAAUUUGAAGGUUCUUGCGGAUCUUCUUUGUCCUUUACGGCUUCGCCAAAUGAAACGGUGUGUAUUAGCUCUGCGGCACCAUCCUCAUCAAGAAAUCAACGGCCUCCUGGUUACCAUUAUGGUGGUAUCAUAGUCCCUAGUAUUAGCAGCAAUGUAAGGCAAACCGCUCAGGACUCCUCCGAUUCGUCAUUCGUACAUAAUAGAGAUUAUUUUGGGCACGCUUCUUCUCCUCCCAUAGCCAAAAUAAUGUGA